AUGGACGUGUUGAACGUAGAAGACGACAGCUUUCACGUCACACGUGAACACUACUCCCAUCUGAGUGACUCAGAAUGGGAAGUAGUCGGACGCAUGAGUGUGCUCAUGGGCGAACCCGCCAUCAGUGGCAUGUUGGAGAUUCUGAACGGAGACCAGAAACACGCCGCUAUCAACACGUUCCAACAAGGGCAACUUGCCGUCGAAAGACAGAAUAUAGCCUUACGUCACAAGAAUGGCUCUCAUCAGUCGAUGGGCAGGCCGACGCACAGGUGUCGACCCGAAACCUUGAAGAUAGAUAUCUCAAGGACGAGCAAAGUCUUGUGCCUAGGGCUCAAGUUUCACGACCCAGACAUGUUUGAGUUGUUAGAGAUCUUGAAGUCUCGGCUCAAAGAGACGUUUGAGCCGCCGAGAGCCGAGUCCAGAGCACGCUCUGCACUCCUGAGGCUCAAGCAAGGUAAGCGUGACGUGCACGCUUACUCACAGCACCUGCGCUACCUUGCAAGUAGCGUCACGUCAUACCCUGUUGAUAAGCAUACGCUCAUCAACGUGUCCAUCUACGGCCUUGUGGAUGGGCCGGUGAAGACGUACAUGUUCCGAGAGGACUUCCAUACGCUGGAAUAG